UAAUAAUAAAGAACAAAAAAGAUGGAACCAUCUAUUUCUAUUAUUAGUAAUGUCACUUUCCAUCGUAUUAAAAACUCUCCUAUUUCUUUCUUUCCAAAUAAUCCAAAAAACAGUCAAAGAGAUUAAUAUAGUUAACUUUUUAUUCUUUUUACCAAUCCCAACCCAAGCCCACAGUUCCUCCUUGGCCGUAACCACCAUUACCCAGCUCACUCCCAAAAGGUUAAAUAUCAUAGACCAUUGUAGAGUAGUAUCCUGCUAUUGUACACAACUCGGGUUUGAUUCCUGGCGGGUGCACAGCUAUGAAGAUAAGCUAAAGUGACAGAUGAGUCCGUCACAGCUGUCUGAUAAUUCUUGACUGACAGCAAGGGCCGUCUGAGCUCUUCCAUUUGCAAAUUCAAUAAGAUGUAAUAAACUUGCAUGACCGUUACAUCUUUAGGAACCCCGUUGGAAGGUAAUCUAAGGAGUAGGGUUUUUUUGGAUGUGGUGGAGGAUAAAGUGGCUAAUUGUCUAUUCUUUCUAAGGACUAGGGUAACCUUAAUCUAGAUUUGUCUCUCUAGCAUACCACUGUACUUCUUAUUACUGUUUAGGAUUUCAGUUGGAGUAGCAGAGAGAAUAGAAGAGUGCAUGAGAAGGUUUCUUUGGCAGGGUGGGGGAGGAAAAUUAGGAUCAUCUAGUAAGGUGAGAAGGAUGUUGCUAGUCCAAAAGUUCAGAGGUGUUGGGCAUUUGAAAUCUCAUAUUAAAAAACUUAUUAUCAAAGGCAAAAUAGCUUUGACGCUAUCUAUGAGAACCAAACUCUUUGUGGCACAGGAUGGUGAAAAGUAUUCAUGGUAGUGGAGGGGCCAGAUGUCUUAGCAAGAAGGUACUUUACUCACAACAGUCCUUGGAAAGCGAUCUCUCAAGCCUUGAAAAGUAUCUGUGGAAGGGGCUGGCUGGGGUUUCUUAGUAGGAAGGUAAUUUACCUGCUACAGUCCUUGGAAAGCCAUCACUCAAGUCUAUUCGUUGUUCAUACCUCUAGCCUAAAUUCAAGUAAGAGAUGGCACUAGAGUGAUUUUCUAGGGGAUACCUGAUGGGGGAUCAACUUUUGGCCACCCGACUUUCCAAAUUAUUUUACCUAUUAGUUAGACAUAACACCCCUGUUUCUUCUUUUGCUUCUAAUGCAGAGGGAAGAGUGGCUUGAAACUUCUGUUUUACCUGUAAUCUAUUGAUAGAGAGACUUCUGAUGCGCAUUUUUGAGUCGUUUGGAGAUAAUCUGUAUUUCUCCUCAGCCUGAUUCCAAUUUGGUCCCAUGAGCUCUCAGGGUUAUACACAAGCAAGUCCUUUUCUGACCACCUCAUAGAAUUCCCAACAAGAAGCCCCAUACCUAUUGCCAAGAUAUUUUGGAAAGUUUCAGUUCCCUGAAAGGUAAAUGUGUUUACAUGAAUAACAAUUCAUUGAAGGAUCAAUGUGAAUGAGAUAUGGCAUAUCUGUCAGUCUAAUUGAGCUUUAUCUCCAGGCACCUAUGUCAUGUGUUUCACAAGUGGGGACACAGAUUCACACUUAUUCCUCUACUGUGAAACAUCCUGGAAAGCUCUGGACCAAGUUGAUUCACAUGUUUGGGCUUAGUGGAAAGCUUUUAUUGUUCAUGCGUUCACAGGGUAAGGGUGAGGAAGGGGGAGGGCAAUCUUUGCUGGUCUAUGAGUUACUUCGCAUGAGAGGAACUGCAUGAUCUUUGAAAGACCACUAUGCCCCCUCUGAGACCCUAAGUUUUGGACAUAUAGACCAUUCUCCGAGCUCAUGGUCCGUGCAGCUACUGAUGAUGUCCGGUUUCUUCUCUACAUAUAUCACAAGAUGAUGGAAAAGCUGAAUGAACGAUCCCUAUGGUACCUUGCAGUUCGUGGUGCACUUUACUGUCGAUGUUUCUGCAUCUGUGAUAAUGAUUAUGUUGAUUGGCCACCUCUCCCUCCCAUUUCAGAAGGAAAUCUUCUUGAAGAAGAAAACCUCUCAGUUCUUGAUGUUCCCCCUGGAAAGAUGGGCUGUGUAAUUGGACGAAGAGGAGCUUCCAUCUUGUCAAUAAAGGAAUCUUUGCGCAAAUCUUCAUCGGCGGCACCAAAGGUCCACCUGACAAGGUGUUCAUCAUAGGACCUGUGAAACAGGUGCGGAAAGCCGAGGCUAUGUUGAGGGGAAGAAUGAUGCAAAUUUACUAAA